AUGGGUUUGACAUCGGCAAACAGUGGAGGAAGCGAAGGGAUGCAAUUGUGCAUAUUUGAUUUGAGAAGAGGACAGCAAGAAGGGCAGGAACUAGACAAGAUUUUGUUCUUCUUUCCUGCCGAUUUACCCUUUUCGAAUCAACUUUCUGUCAUCGGACUCAGUGAAGGACUCAUCACUUUUACCAGAAUUUUCUCUCCAGAGGCAGCUUGUGAGGUGAUAGAAGCAGAGAGGCAUUCUCAUGUUUUUUACGAGGCAGAGCCCGAUAUUUGGAUGGUCAUGGUAGUGGAGAAAAGCAAGGAAGCAGAAGCAAUAUGGCGGGUUGGUGCGUUACGAGCAGUUCUCAAGGAAAUUCACUCUCUUUUUAUGAUGUUUCACGGGUCUGUAAGAGAAAUGCUUGAGAAAGAACCUAGUGGAGGACAGAUUCGAGCUCAUUUGUACCCGUUUGUCAUGGAUUAUCUAAGUGCAUGUCAAAAUCGCUCUCCAUUGGAUUACUGCUGCUGGGAUUUUCUUGUUGGGAAGAAAAUUCAGUUACCAUCAUUUCGUGACUGUUUGAAGGAAUGUGGAACUGUACAGAUGCUGACUGUUGGGAGGGAAGCAGCUAUUGAAGUUCAGUCACUUGCGAGGGUAUUAGAGUCUGGUGCUGGGGCUACUACACCUUGCUAUUCACUGAUUUUGUUUCAAGACUUGCUUGUGUCCACAACACUUUCACCUGAUGACACCAUAAAUUUAUUUGCAUAUGCAGUUCAAAGGUUGACCCCUCGUGCUCUAUCAUCCGGAGUAAGUUCGUGGUCCUAUCUACGCAGAGGAAAUACUCCUGAUCUUGUUGCAGGGCUUACAUUUGCCACUGUCUCUGUUUCGGAACAGUUACAUCACUUGCAUGCUCCCUCUCCUAGUCAAGAUAACAGUAAUCAUGUUAAAAGGCCCUUACAGCACAACAGGUGGUCUAAAGAGAAGGAUGGAUUUCUUGUCACUGAUAUUUGGGGAAGGGAGAUGGGUAGUUUGAUUCCUGCCACCCCAACAAUUUGGCUUCGGCAGACUGGGGAAAGAAUGUAUCUUUGUGCUUACCAGUAUAAAAGCCUUACCUUAAUCCUCCUGGUUCCUUUGUCCUCUAUUCUUAAUGGGGAGCAAGGUGUUUCUCUGGUCAAGAAGCAAGUUCUUGAAAAUGCAUCACUUAAGACUUUAAAAGUUGAAGAGAAACUAUCAAAAGGAUGGGGUGGUGAGAAUGCUUAUCAUGUCAGUGGUUACCGCUAUCUCCUCAUUGAUGAUGAUAGAAAUGUAUCCAGGGCUUCGCCACCAGUAAAGGUCACAACCCUAGCAAAGGAAUCAUUGCUUGCCAUGAGUAAGCUUAGAGAAGAAGUAGAUUUGGAGAAGAGUAGAGCAAAAUGGGAUAGUGCAGAUCAUGACAAAGAUCUGGAAAUAUGCAUUAGAGCAAAAAACAAUGCUUGGGUUGUUGCUCGUACUACUAGAGGGAAGGAGCUUUAUAUGGUUCUGGAAAAGGCUGACGAAACACUUCUUUAUGCCUCAGAUGCCAUUGAGAGGUUCAGCAAUAGGGUGCCUUUGCUAGCCAGUUCUAGAGCAGUGGCUCUGGGAGGUCUGCCCAUUCGUGUAAUAGUUAAUGAAAUUUUGUCAAGACAAAUACCAAGUAUUGCUAUCAUGUGA